AUGACGAUCAGCUUUGGUGGGGCUCCCAAGCCUGCUGAGGCUCCUAAGCCUGUUGAAACUCCUAAGCCUGUUGAAGCUCCUAAGCCUGCUGAGGCUCCCAAGCCUGCUGAGACCCCUAAGCCUGCUGAGACCCCUAGGCCUGCUGAGGCUCCCAAGCCUGUCGAUGCUCCCAAGCCGGUGCCAGCCCCCUUGGAGAACAUUAGCGAGGAGGUUGAGGCCGAGGAGGAGAUGCUGCUUGACGAGCACUUCAAGGAGCACUUCAACGUUAUCUUCAUUGGACACGUUGAUGCGGGCAAGUCGACACUAGGCGGCAACAUCCUGUUCCUAACCGACAUGGUGGACAAGCGCACAAUGGAGAAGUACGAGCGCGAGGCCAAGGAGGCCGGACGCGAGUCGUGGUAUCUGUCGUGGGCGCUGGAUACGAACCAGGAGGAGCGCGCCAAGGGUAAGACGGUGGAGUGCGGGCGCGCGUUCUUUGAGACGACGAAGCGCCGCUACACGAUCCUGGAUGCGCCAGGGCACAAGAACUUUGUGCCGAGCAUGCUGGGCGGAGCAGCGCAGGCCGACGUGGGUGUGCUGGUGAUUUCGGCGCGCAAGGGCGAGUUUGAGACGGGCUUUGACCGCGGAGGUCAGACGCGCGAGCACGCGGUGCUGGCCAAGACCGCGGGCGUGCGGCGGCUGAUUGUGGCUAUCAACAAGAUGGACGAUCCGACCGUCAAGUGGGACAAGGCGCGGUACGACGAGAUCAUCACCAAGCUGACGCCGUUCCUGAAGGGCGCCGGCUACAACCCCAAGACUGAUCUGAUCUACCUGCCGAUUUCGGGCUAUACUGGUGCUGGCGUCAAGGAUCGUGUGGGCGCUGCGUGCUCGUGGUACACUGGGUCGUCGCUGCUGGAGACGCUGGACGACAUGCAGGCCGUGGACCGCAAGAUCAACGGACCGGUGCGCAUCCCGAUCAGCGAGAAGUACAAGGAGAUGGGCACCAUUGUGUCGGGCAAGAUCGAGUCGGGCCACAUCAAGCUCAACCAGAAGCUGAUGGUGCUGCCGGACAAGCGCCUGACCGAGGUCAGCGCCAUCUACGGCGAGAACGACCAGGAGGAGCCGUCGGCUGUGUGCGGCGACAACAUCCGCAUCCGCCUGCGCGGCAUCGAGGAGGAGGACAUCCAGCCGGGCUUUGUGCUGACCGACACCAAGCACCCGUGCCGCAGCACGCGCGUGUUUGAUGCGCAGCUGGUGAUUCUUGAUGUCAAGAACAUCAUCACUGCCGGCUACAAGUCGGUGCUGCACGUACACACCGCGGUCGAGGAGGUCGCCCUGACGCAGCUGCUGCACCAGCUCAACAAGAAGGGCCAGAAGAGCCGCACCCCGCCCAAGUUUGUCAAGAAGGGCAUGGCCUGCAUUGUGCGCCUCGAGACCGCCCAGCCCGUCUGCGUCGAGCGGUUCAAGGACUUCCCGCAGCUCGGCCGCUUCACCCUGCGCGACGAGGGCAAGACCAUUGCCAUCGGCAAGAUUGUCAAGCUCAUCGACACCAACGAGGUCAAUGCCAACUAA